GAGCCUGGCCAUGCCCUCCUCCUCUCUCCUUCUGCAACUUUCCACUCUUUGGGAGUAACUUCAGACACUUAUCCACGCUUGCCUUAGCUGUGAAACCAGAGGAGGUUCACAAUGGCUCAGAUUGCAGAGGAAAACAUUUAUGAAAAAAUAGAUGAAGAGAAUGUGUACGAGAAGCCAUUUGAUGAACUAGACAAGCCAGCUGAAGUGCAGUAUGAGAACCAGGGAGCGUUGAAAGAAACCACAGAGAAGGAGGCUUUGUACAGUGAGAUUAUAGUACAUGGGUCUAAGGAGAAAGCCCAGAGAAGUGUAACUCCAGACUACAUGGACACAAGGGACAGCACUUCGGAUGUAAAAGCCAAUGGUGCUGAAAGCCCAGCUGAAGAAGUAAGUGCUCGUCCGUUCAGCUCCAGCCCAGCUGAAGAAGACAUCGCCCAUCCGUUCAGCUCCAGCCUAGCUGAAGUAGAAUCUGCUGGCCAAGUCAACGGAGAAGGAGUUUCAUCCAGGCGCUCCUCUUCGUCAUCUACCGAGCAGUAUGGAGACCCAUGUGAAGAGAACACAGAGGAUGCCAUGGCCAUGGCCUUCUCCUACUCAGCAGCUAGGGCUUCUGAACCAGAAGAAGUAGUUGACUACAGUCUCAAAUCAGUCUCAGAAACCAAUACAGCUGUGGCCCCAGAGAGAAUCACUGACCCCAAUCAGCCUGAGAUCUCCCUAUUUGUCAAGGCUGGCAGUGAUGGUGAAAGUAUUGGGAAUUGCCCGUUCUCCCAGCGCCUUUUCAUGAUCCUCUGGCUCAAGGGGGUCGUCUUCAACGUCACAACUGUGGACCUAAAAAGGAAACCAGCAGAUCUGCAUAAUCUGGCUCCAGGCACACACCCUCCUUUCCUCACCUUCAAUGGCGAAGUCAAGACUGACAUCAACAAAAUCGAGGAGUUCCUGGAGGAGGUUCUUGCACCACCAAAAUACCCCAAACUGGCAGCCAAGCACCGAGAGUCAAACACAGCGGGGAUUGACAUAUUUGCAAAGUUCUCAGCUUACAUCAAAAACACAAGGCCAGAUGCCAAUAGAGGACUGGAGAAAAGCUUGACAAAGGCCUUGUGGAAGCUAGAUGAGUAUCUGAACAGCCCUCUGCCUGAUGAAAUAGACGCAAACAGCAUGGAGGAGGAGAAGAGCUCCAGCCGUAAGUUCCUGGAUGGAAACGAGCUGACCCUGGCAGACUGCAACCUGCUGCCUAAACUCCAUAUUGUUAAGGUUGUUGCCAAGAAGUAUCGCAACUACAACAUUCCUUCUGACAUGACUGCUGUGUGGCGCUACCUGAACAGUGCCUAUGCUCGUGAGGAGUUUACCAACACCUGUGCUGCAGACAUAGAGAUCGAGCUGGCCUACCAGGAUGUAGCAAAAAGGCUGGUCAAGUAACAGGAGUAAGACUUUACAGAUGCAUCAAAAACAGAUAGAAGGCUUUGUUUUUGCUAGUUUUGAUAUCAUUUUAUAGUUUUCCAUCAUUUAAAGCUUUGAAAAAAAGAAACCUGAGCUCUGUUCUGAACACUGGUCAUGAAAUAAAGAAAUCUGAAGGGCCAGAAAAGUCUUUUUCCACUGCAACUCCUUAUUGCUUGGUGGGAUGGUGUGUUUGACCCAUUUAUUCCUAUGUUUUACAUCAGUAGGUUAUGUAUUUACAGUAAUUGUUGUCUGUAACUGUCUGUAACUUUUGUCUGUUGCCUAUAUGUACAUAAUCAUACAUAUAGGCUUACCAGCUGAAAAGAGAAAUUCUAGAUAUUAAUGAUUAAUGAUUUUCAGUAAUGUACAUUCAGUCACACAUUUGUAGACUGAAUGAAUUUACAGGAUUUUUUACAUUUAUAUAGCUGUUUAAGCUGCAUGUGAUGAUAUUGUAUAUGAAUGCUUAAGUUUGUGUCUUUAUAAUUAUUUCGAGUAUAAGAGUAGAAGAACAUGAAAGCUCUGAACAAAUCAUAUUUUUUGCAUGCUUGUUUCUGAAUUUAAGAUAUUUAAAUGUCAUUCUUUGAAAUACCUAAAACAAUUUGUCAGCAAAAAAUCAACUGCUGUAUCUUAUGAUUCAAAGCAUGUGCCUUCAUUUGGAAAUUCUCAGCCAAAAAUUAAAUAUGAUUUAUUUUCUGA